AUGAAUAGAGCAAGUCUGACGAUCUUACCGGGAGAAACCCAAAAUCAGAUUGUUGCUAGUUUAGAUGGCCUCGGCCAAUUGAUGCUGCGCGCAGUGUGCAAACAUUUCCGGGGGAUUAUCCCCAUCACCUACCGCCUGUUACUGGAGGCAGAGAACUCGGCGGAGGCAAGAUUCAAGGAUCUUCACGCAUGUUUCACUUGCCUCAGACUCAGGCGCCGCAUGCACUUCGCCGAUAGCAUGCAAAGGGGGAGACGUGGGAAGAAUGGCAGCGCGCCCGAGACCAGGUUCUGCAUCGACUGCGGACUAGACAACCGGUAUGGCCGGCCCAAGUAUACGCGGAGCGACAUCAUCAGUGUCCAAGGUGUGAAACAUGUCAUCUGCCUCAAGUGCAGCAAGUAUUGUUUGCCUGCGAGACCUUACAAAGCGCAUGCGAAGGGCAUGGCGCUGUGUGUGGCGUGCUACGAGCCGUUGGCAGAAACUUACAGGGAAGAAGAUCAGAGAGCAGAGGUGCUCUCCAUCGAGAAUGAGAGACUACGAGAAGAAAUGAAAAGCUUCGUGGAACGGCUGAGACUGACUGAAGCUGGGUGGACGGAGUCAGAGGUGGAGAAUCUCAUGGACUAA